AUGGUCCUGGACAGCAUAGCUCGAGUCAUCAAGUUGCAGCUUCCCGCCUAUCUGAAGAGACUGCCGGUCCCAGACAGUAUCGCCGGCUUUGUCAGGCUCACAGUUUCAGAAUGGCUACGACUACUGCCUUUCUUGGGUGUCCUUGCCCUGCUGGGCUACCUUGCAAUCCGACCAUUCCUACCGAAGAAGAAGCAACAGAAAGACAGUUUGAUUAAUCUGAAAAUCCAAAAGGAGAACCCUAAAGUUGUGAAUGAAAUUGAUAUAGAAGACCUGCAUAUUGCCAAAGUUGCCUACUGCCGAUGCUGGCGCUCUAAAACGUUUCCUGUUUGCGAUGGAUCCCAUAACAAGCACAAUGAACUAACUGGAGACAACGUGGGUCCACUCAUCUUAAAGAAGAAGGAAGUUUAA